AUGGGCGACGAUAUGAAUUGGUUUGCGACCGACCUGGACCGCAAGAAGAAGACUACCACCACCCCCUCACAGCCGUCAACAUGCACACCGGAGCAGCAGCAUAUCCGUCUCGCAUGCCAGGCUUGCCAGCGAAAGAAAAUCAAAUGCGAUCGCCUCUUCCCCUGCGGCCAGUGCACACGAUCCGGCUUGCAGUGCACCGCGAGCACGCGAAAACCGAGGGCGCGACAUGCUGGCAAGCGCGCUGUCGAUUCAGAACUACGGAGUCGCAUCUCCAAGCUUGAGAGUCUGGUCGAGAGCCUCAGCGGUGAGGUUGGGGAGCAGGAGACGCCACCUAGCGAUGCCCCAGCUCCUCCUGAAGAAGGGACUUCGGCUCAGCCCGCGCGUCCAUCGGGCGCUGUGGACAAGUACAUGAGCAGUAACUUCUGGUCGUCACUCACCACUGAAGUCCAGGCGCUGAGAGAAGCGCUGGAGGACGAACCGCUUGAUGACCUCGACACGUCAGAUUCGCCUUCUGGGUCAAGCGGUCAACAACCUUCUGGAGACUUUGAUCUGAUCGUGUGUCCGCCUGGAUCGGUCUAUGUGAUGCCAGGCGCUCUGGUAGAACCCAGUCCUCAGCUCUCGGCUACCCUCUGCAAUGUCUUUUGCGAGUAUGUGGACCGGCUGGCCAAGGUCUUCCACAGACCCACUCUGAAAGCUUUCAUGCUCGAUGGCAAGUCGUAUCUUGGCUACGACCACACAGCCCCUGGCAACAAGCUGCUGAAGGCUACCAUCUGGUUCGCCGCCACGAGUACCAUGUCCGAGAACCAAUGUCAGAUGCUCUUUGGCCAGUCGAGGCCCGAUCAGCUACAGCUGUAUAAGCGGCUUGUCGACGUGGCAAUGUCGCAAGCAGAUCUGAUGGUCACAAACGAUUUUGCGACUCUUCAAGCUCUUACCGUCUACAUUGCUGCAAUCCGAAUGUACGAAGGCAGCCGGAGAGCCUGGACACUCACAGCUUUAGCAGUGCGAAUCGCACAGUCAAUCGGCAUCGACCGCGAAAACGUACCUCGAUCGCCAUACGUCACGGAAAUUAGGAGACGGCUGUGGGCCUUUGUCCGAUUCCUCGACAUCUACGCUGCGCUGGAUCGAGGAACAGAACCGCUGAUUGCAGGCAGCUCGGUUCCCAAAGCGAAGAACACCAACGACGCGGACUUUGACGAGAAUUCCACGAGCAUUCCCGAGUACGAAGCUAUCACGGACAUGAGCUAUGCCCAGCUCAUCUACGACGCGCUGGAAUCCACCGUCCGUCUCACCAUUCCCACAGACAAAGUCGCGGACGAGACCUGGCAGAAACGAAUGGAGGUUGCGGAAAAGUUCGAAGCAACCGUCCGGGACAAGUACUGGGGAUACGUCGAUGAGAAAGACCCUGUGCAACGCCUCCUGCUGCAAGUCUCCAGAUCCAUGGCCAGCUCCAUGAAGCUGCGCGCCGUCCGACCUUUGAACAACAACAACGUAUCCUCCGGCACCCCACGCAUCGACAGCCCCUACGUGCUCCAAAUCGCCGUCGACUGCCUGCGCAACAGCGAAAUCAUCCAAUCCGACCCGGAAACGACCCAAUACCGCUGGCUCGUCUGGGUCCAAUGGCACGCCAUCGCCGUCGCCCUCGCCGGCCUCUGCAGCAUCCGCGACACCGACCUCGCCGCCGAAGCCUGGCUGCACGUCGAGCAGUCCUACGCGCGCAACAUCCGCGUCGUCGCCGACGCCCGCACCGGCAUGCUCUGGAAACCCAUCGAGAAGCUGUACCGCAAAGCCUCCGCUUUUCGAGACCACGGGCGCGCGCUGUCCAUCUCCAGCACUACGCCGGCGUACGACAGUAAUAUGCGUUUUCCCCCGCUCUCGAACCUCAGCCUCAGCUCCACCACCUCCCCCCAAAACCAAAACCAAAACCAAAACCAAAACAUCGACCCAACCCUAACAACCCACCAACAACAACCACUCCCACAAAUUCCGCCGCCCCUCCAGCCAAGACCAGGCAACAUGCCCACCUCCGGCGUCCCCAACAACCCCAUGGACCUGUCCCUGUCCUUCUCCGACCCUCCUUUCUCCGACCCUCCCCUCCUCAACAGCAACCCCAACUCCAACCUCUCUUGGCCAGACGUCGGCAAUGGCGACAUGAGCUGGAUGGACUUCGAGCGCAUGCUGGAAGACAUGUCGAAUCCUGCUGUCCCUGGCGCGACGGGGUUCGGGACGUUUCAGCCUACGGUGUGGCCGCAGGGGGAGGGGGAGGAGUGGAUGUGA